UUUGAUACUUUGAGAGUCCCAGGAUUUCUUCACAGACGAUACCAAGUACAGCAGUACUUUGUACCCUGGAAGUCAUACUUUAGUUGUACUAUUCAGCCAUCAUUGUGGGUAUCAGCACUGGGACCUGUUGGUUUAUAGCUUGAUAUGGACUUCAUUAAGCUGUUGCUCGGUCUUAUCUUAUCACUUCAUCAGUCAUGGUGCUGUGCCCUGACAGAGGCCAGUGGAACAUAAAGCUUGUAGACAUAGUUAUUUGCUGUUCAAAGUCUCAUUCCUCAUUUGAUCGGUCUUCACUGAGGAGCUUAGCAGCUCAAUCGUUACUCUCUGAACCUUUAGAACCCGUUUAAUGUUCUGUCUCGCUUCUUAACACUUCGCCGUGAUUUUGACUUGCCUUUAAUUUCUGCUUCUAUAUUUCCAUUCUACACGGACAGCACAAGUUUUAUCAGGGAGAAGAUAAGGUCUCCAGUCUACUAUGGAUGAGGAGAGAGAGGAGGGGGCUCCUACCUCUAAAACCACUCUGUCUGGGAAACAUGGCCACCAGAGCAAAGCUAAGAGCCCAGAGCAGCGGGAGGGAGCAGACUCCCCUGGACCCAGCUGUGUCUCCUUGAAGAGCGACCGCUCUAUGGAUCGUCCUCCUGACCUUAAAGAUGGACGCCCCUCUAGAGAGGAAGGAUUCCAGAAGGAGAGAGCGGACUCCCCUGGACCCAGCUGUGUCUCCAUGAAGAGCAACUGGUCUAUGGAUCGUCCUCCUGACUUUAAAGAUGGACGCCCCUACAGAGAGGAAGGAUUCCAGAAGGAGAGAGCAGACUCCCCUGGACCCAGCUGUGUCUCCUUGAAGAGCAACUGGUCUAUGGAUCGUCCUCCUGACCUUAAAGAUGGACGCCCCUCCAGAGAGGAGAGGCGUCCCCAGGAGAGGUCAAAGGUUACCAGUGCUCAGUCUGUACAGCAGAAUCAAACAGAGCUGAUCAAGAGGGCUGAGGAGAACGCACACGCUUUUCUAGACAACGAGCUGAAGAAGCUCUGGAGGGAUCUCUUCUCAGAUUACCCACAAUGCUCAGAGAGUCAGAGGGAGGAGGAGGAGGAGGAUGGUAAGAACGAGGAGCAGAGGAGGCGCGCCAUAGAGGGAGUGGUAGACAUCACAAAGCUCUGCCUGAUGGAGAUGAACCAGGAGGAACUGGCCGACAAGCUCGGGAGUGGAGCUGUUGCGGUCCAGUGGCAACAUGAACUCAAGGCUCAUCUGAAGAAGAAGUUCCACUGUGUGUUCGAGGGAAUCGCUAGAGCAGGAGAGCAGAGACCUCUGAAUGAGAUCUACACAGAGCUCUUCGUCACAGAGAGAGGCAGUGGAGAGGUCAACAAGGAACAUGAGGUCAGACUGAUUGAAAAGGAUUCCAGGAAGCAAGCCAAUGAGGAAACACCAAUCAGAUGUGAAGACAUCUUUAAACCUUUACCUGGACAAGAUAAACCAAUCAGAACAAUAAUGACAACCGGAGUGGCCGGCAUUGGUAAAACUCUCUUAACACAGAAGUUCACUCUGGACUGGGCCGAAGGCAAAGCCAACCACGACAUAGACUUCACAUUUCUCCUCACUUUCAGAGAGCUGAAUUUAUUGAAAGGGAAAGAGUUUAGCUUACUCGAACUCCUUCAUAAUUUUUCUGUUGAAACCAAAGAAUCAGGAAUCUACAGAUACGACCAUGACCAAGUAGUCCUCAUCUUGGAUGGUCUGGAUGAGUGUCGACUUCCUCUGGACUUCCAGAACAACCCGAUCUGGACUGAUGUCAAUGAGACGACCUCAGUGGACGUGCUGCUGACAAACAUCAUCAGGGGAGUCCUGCUUCCCUCUGCCCGCAUCUGGAUAACCACACGCCCUGCCGCAGCCAAUCAGAUCCCUGCUGAGUGUGUUGACAUGGUGACAGAGGUGAGAGGGUUCAACGACCCACAGAAGGAGGAGUACUUCAGGAAGAGAUUCAGAGAGGGGACACUGGCCAGCACAAUCAUCUCUCACGUCAAGAAAUCUCGAAGCCUCCACAUCAUGUGUCACAUCCCAGUGUUCUGUUGGAUCACUGCUACAGUUCUAGAGGACUUCUUCAAAACAUCCCAGAGAGGAGAAGAGGUGCCCAAGACCGUGACUCAGAUGUACAGCCACUUCCUGAAGGUUCUGUCCAUACAGGGGGACAGGAAGUAUCAUGGGCGAGCUGAAACCGAUCCACAAUGGAGUUCGGAGAGCAGGGAGAUCAUUAUUUCUCUGGGGAAACUGGCUUUUAACCAGCUGGAGAAAGGCCAGCUGAUCUUCUAUGAGGCAGACUUGGCAGAGUGUGACAUCGAUAUCAGAACAGCCUCAGUGUACUCAGGAGUGUUCACCCAGAUCUUUAAAGAGGAGUGUGGCCUGCACCAGGACAGGAUGUUCUGCUUUGUCCAUCUGAGCAUCCAGGAGUUUCUGGCUGCCCUUUAUGUCUUUCUGUCCUACAUCAACACUGGUGUCAACCUGCUCUCAGAAGAACAGCCAACCUCCAGGGAAGCUGAACUCCUCCUCCUCUACCAGAGUGCUGUGGACAAGGCCUUACAGAGUGAGAACGGACACCUGGACUUGUUCCUCCGCUUCCUCCUGGGCCUCUCUCUAGAGACCAAUCAGAUGCUCCUACAAGGUCUGCUGGGACCAAGAGGAAGUAAAUUGCUGGGCAAUCUAACUAAAAAAGAUCCACCGGGACAGACAGGAAGGAGGUCACAAAUCAAUACCCAAAUAGUCCAUUACAUCAAGGAGACGAUAGGUGGAGAUCUCUCUCAAGAGAGAAGCAUCAAUCUGUUCCACUGUCUGAAUGAGCUGAAUGACAGUUCUCUAGUGGAGGAGAUCCAACAGUACCUGACAUCAGGAAGACUCUCCACUGAAUCUCUCUCCUCUGCUCAGUGGUCAGCUCUGGUCUUCAUCGUACUGACAUCAGAAGAGCAGCUGGACGUGUUAUACCUGAAGAAAUACUCUGCUUCUGACGAGGGUCUUCUUGGGCUGCUGCCACUGAUCAAAGCCUCCAAAACAUCUCUGCUGAACAGCUGUAAUCUGUCAGAGAGAUGCUGUAAAGCUCUGGCCUCAGUUCUCAGCUCCAACUCCUCUAGUCUGAGAGAGCUGGACCUGAGUACCAAUGAACUGUCGAAUUCAGGAGUGAAGCUGCUCUCUGCUGGACUGGGGAGUCCACACUGUACACUGGAAACUCUCAGGCUGAAUUGCUGUGGUCUGUCCAAGGGAUGCUGUGAAGCUCUGGCCUCAGCUCUCAGCUCCAACUCCUCUAGUCUGAGAGAGCUGGACCUGAGUUCCAAUGAUCUGCAGGAUUCAGGAGUGAAGCUGCUCUCUGCUGGACUGAGGAGUCCACACUGUACACUGGAAACUCUCAGGCUGAUUGGCUGUCAUCUGUCAGAGAGAUGCUGUGAAGCUCUGGCCUCAGUUCUCAGCUCCAACUCUUCUCGUCUGAGAGUGCUGGACCUGAGUACCAAUGAUCUGCAGGAUUCAGGAGUGAAGCUGCUCUCUGCUGGACUGGGGAGUCCACACUGUACACUGGAAACUCUCAGGCUGAAUGUCUGUCAUCUGUCAGAGAGAUGCUGUGAAGCUCUGGCCUCAGUUCUCAGCUCCAACUCCUCUAGUCUGAGAGAGCUGGACCUGAGUACCAAUGAUCUGCAGGAUUCAGGAGUGAAGCUGCUCUCUGCUGGACUGGGGAGUCCACACUGUACACUGGAAACUCUCAGGCUGAAUGGCUGUGAUCUGUCAGAGAGAUGCUGUGAAGCUCUGGCCUCAGUUCUAAACUCCAACUCUUCUCGUCUGAGAGUGCUGGACCUGAGUAACAAUGAUCUGCAGGAUUCAGGAGUGAAGGUGCUCUCUGCUGGACUGGGGAGUCCACACUGUACACUGGAAACUCUCAGGCUGAAUGUCUGUCAUCUGUCAGAGAGAUGCUGUGAAGCUCUGGCCUCUGUUCUCAGCUCCAACUCCUCUAGUCUGAAAGAGCUGGACCUGAGUACCAACGAUCUGCAGGAUUCAGGAGUGAAGCUGCUCUCUGCUGGACUGGGGAGUCCACACUGUACACUGGAAACUCUCAGGCUGAAUUCCUGUGAUCUGUCAGAGGGAUGCUGUGAAGCUCUGGCCUCAGCUCUCAGCUCCAACUCCUCUAGUCUGAGAGAGCUGGACCUGAGUUCCAAUCGUCUGAAGGAUUCAGGAGUGAAGCUGCUCUCUGCUGGACUGGGGAGUCCACACUGUACACUGGAAACUCUCAGGCUGAAUAGCUGUCAUCUGUCAGAGCGAUGCUGUGAAGCUCUGGCCUCAGUUCUCAGCUCCAACUCUUCUCGUCUGAGAGAGCUGGACCUGAGUACCAAUGAUCUGCAGGAUUCAGGAGUGAAGUUGCUCUCUGCUGGACUGGGGAGUCCACACUGUACACUGGAAACUCUCAGGCUGAAUGUCUGUCAUCUGUCAGAGAGAUGCUGUGAAGCUCUGGCCUCAGUUCUCAGCUCCAACUCCUCUAGUCUGAGAGAGCUGGACCUGAGUACCAAUGAUCUGCAGGAUUCAGGAGUGAAGCUGCUCUCUGCUGGACUGGGGAGUCCACACUGUACACUGGAAACUCUCAGGUUGUCUGGCUGCCAGGUCACACAGGAAGGCUGUGCUUCUCUGGCCUCCGCUCUGAGCUCCAACCCCUCCCAUAUGAGAGAGCUGGACCUGAACUACAAUCACCCAGGAGACUCAGGUGCUGCGCUGCUCUCUGCUGGACUGGACACUCUCAGUGUGGAGCACAGUGGAGUGUGGAGACUGAAACCAGCUCUAAAGAAGUAUGCCUGUGAACUCACACUGGACCCAAACACAGCCCACAGACGACUCUCUCUGUCUGAGGACAGCAGGAAGGUGACGCGGGUUGAAGAGGACCAGUCGUAUCCGGAUCACCCAGAGAGGUUUGACACCUGGCACCAGGUGUUGUGUAGAGAGGGUCUGCCUGGCCGCUGCUACUGGGAGGUAGAGUGGGGAAGACGGGUUCAUAUAGGAGUGGCAUACAGAGGAAUGACAAGGAGUGGAGGGGCUAAUGACAGCGUGCUUGGAUUGAACAACAAGUCCUGGAGUCUUGUUUGUGAUGACGACGAUGAUGCUGCUGUCUACAGUGCCCGUCACAACGGUAGUUCAACAGAUAUACGUCCCCCCCCCCCUCACUCUAACAGAGUAGGAGUGUAUCUGGACCGGCCCGCUGGCUCUCUGUCCUUCUACAGAGUGUCCCCAGGAGGAGGAGGGUCCUCAGACACACUGACACACAUCCACACCUUCCAGGCCUCCUUCACCCAGGAGGUCCUCCUCCCUGGGUUUAUGUUACGUAAGAGUGGUUCCUCAGUGUCUCUGAGUGUCCAUUGUAGAUACACAAACACACACACACAGACCCAUGGAAGAGCACACACAUGUAGACAGUCAUAAACACACCCAAACCAACAAACAUAUGUACAUAGAAAUUAACACACACACACGUACACACAAACAAACACAUCGUUCAUGACUCUAUAAACACACACACAUACACACAAACAAACAUAUCGCACUCUAUAAACACACACACAAACGUAUACAGACUUAAUCUCACACACACACACACACACACACACACACACACACACACACACACACACACACACACACACACACGCACACGCACACGCACGUACACGUACACAGACUUAUUUACACAGACAUGCACUCACACACACACACAUUCAUGGAUCUAAACCCACAGCAGGUCUGUGUUCCGGGGGUAAGCAGCAGGUAACAUCAGUGUCUCUCGUGGUUCAUCUCUCAGCCCUUUCUGUGUUCAGCUGGGCUGCUGAGCGUCAGAUUAGAGGGGGCCGCUUGGGUCUGGGGGGUCCUCACAGUCCUGACGUUGGAGAGGACCACCCACCUGUACCUGUAGUGCAUCGGGUUGUUGAGCAGCAGCCGUUCAGUGGAAGUACAACACUUUGUGUUUGAUUUAAAUACUCCACUGAACUCCAAAUGCUGCAUUUUAUUGGGCUUCUGAAAGGUUCAGCAUAAACCAUGAAAGGAAGAUCUUCCUUUGGGUUAAGCAGGUUGUACAAAGAUUUACUUUCUGAUGUGAAAUGUGUUUAAAUUGUUGAUUGAUGGUACGCUAUUUUACUUCAAUAUUUUAUGUAUUUUCAACAUUGUUUUAAAGGAAUACAAAAUCAGUUUAUAUUUUGCCAUGCCUGAUUGAUUGAUUGAUUUCAUUUAUUUCAGACGUAUCAAAAUACAAAUCAAGCAUCGCAAAUAACACCAAACAAAAUAAAAAGCAUGACACUACAAUAAACAAAAGCGAUGUGCCUAAUAUAUACUUCCUGUAUUCCUCAUAAUCUCUCUUUAUACUAUAUUUGAUAUAUUAUUUCAUGUAUAUUAAUAUUAUUAUUAGUAUUUAUUUUUUUAUAUUUUCCUUACUUCUGUCCCUCAUUCCUGUACCUUUUGAAAAUCAUUGCUUUGAACCUUUUUUUAAACUGGAUCAUGUUUGGACAUUGCUUUAGCUGCUUGCUCAUCCCAUUCCACAGUUUCACACCCCCAAUUGAGAUGCAAUGUCAUUUUAAAGUCAUGCGUACAGCCAGUGUCUUAAAGUUUAACUGUUCCUUAAAGUUGAACUGUUCCCUCAAAUUGUAACCCCCCUCUCUGUCAAAAAAAAGUUUUUGAAUGUUACCUGGUAGCAGUUUAUUUCUAGCUUUGAACAUGAUUUGUGCAACUUCAUAUUCAACCAGGUCAUUGAACUUUAUGAUACGGGAAUGUAAAAACAGGAGGUUGGUGUGAUCAUAAUAUCCAGCUUUAUUGAUUGUUCUUAUGGCUCGUUUUUGAAGUGUGACUGACAUGGAACGUGAUUUAAAGCAUAUUUAACAACAUAAUCAUGAAUGAUGAUAAGGAUUCCAUGGGAAAGGGUAACGAUGUUGUAUAUUACUUUAAACGGAAGAUAGUUUCUUUGUGUUCUGUUGGGAACAACAAGUCAACAUGUUCAAUGAUUAAAGAUACCUGUUUAGGAUUUGCAAUUGUUCAUAAAGCAUAAUGUUAAUAAACAACUCAUUCGAUCAACUGAAUGUUCUUGUGUGUUCAGAGGAUUCUUCCCGUUAGUUCAGUUGAAAUCCUCCAAGUCUUCUGGAGACGUUACCUCCAACACAGCAGUGGGGUCUCCAUUCACCCCUAAAUCAGUGUGGAGGGAGGAUAUUACCACACACACAACAGUGGAGUCUCCAUUCACCCUUUCAUCAGUGUCUAUAGGGAGUAUAUUACCACACACACAACAGUGGAGUCUGACUUUUUUAACCACACACUCGUAUACAAAAACAAAAAGUAAGUAAAAAGGUGGCGAGCCUAUCUGGCGAGCUAACCAGCUAGGCAGAGCCUAGCCUAUCUGGCGAUCUCUGCUGUCUCUGAUUGGGGUCAUCCCUAUGUUCCCCGGGUCCUAUGUUCCCCGCUCGGGGA